AUGGCGUUUGUCGGGGCUGUUGGUGAAAUGAGUGCGACGCGUUUGAGUGUGUGGUUCGGCGCUGUUCUAUUCGUGGCCACGACGCCCGUUCACUCGCAGGCCACAUGGACACCGAUCUACUUGGGGAAUCACAGUCAAGUGGAUCUUUGGACACAAACGACGACAGGCUGCCCCUGCAGUUUUAAUUCGUCCAGCAAGGAUUGCGCGUGCUGCGUGCCGUCCGGAGGAUGCAGCUGCGGCGCAGCGUCGCCGGACAGAUGCGCCCAGUGCGGCCUGGAGGAACACUGCGCCAACAUGUGCAAUAUAACGUUGGACAGCAAGGAGUUGUUCACUAAAUCGUAUCGUGGUUUCGGACAAAUAAAAUCGCCGUCUCUUGAAGGGCCCUCGAGGUGUACAUACAGAUUCGUGCCGGACCCUGGCGAACGAAUCGAGCUACAAAUCUACCGAUUGAUCUCCAUCGGACGACAUAACGGCACCGCGUGCGAGGGUGGAUGGCUUCAGUUGGAAGGCGGCGCUCGAGUUUGUGGUCGCAACGAACGGUUCGGUCAGCCGGUCGUUCUGUUUUCUGACAAAUCGGUCCCUAUCCUCCACAUGCAGAUAAACGAGAACACGACGAGAUCCCAGUUUUUGGCGUACUUCAGCUUCUCGUCCAAGGCGAGCAUAACCGUUGGCUGGCCGGUAAAAGGCGGAAUUCCGGAGAACAAUACUGAGUGCAACUGGGUGUACAAAGACACGAAUUGCCGCGGCGGAUGCGUGUUAGCCAGUCCCGGAUAUCCUGGCCUAUAUCCUCCCAACAUCCGAUGUCGGUACUUAAUUACUUCCGACCCACGAAUGUCCAUCGCAAUUAACUUCACUGCCGUGCUUCUCCCCGCCAACCACUGCACCAGUGACUAUAUCGCCGUGUACUCGGGUCCGACAACGUCGAGUCCUCUUCUGAAGAUGCUUUGUGGAAAAGAGAAAACGUCAUUGAUGUACAACGGGCAAAAUCUCUUGGUCGAGUUCAGAACUGGUCCAGAAGUACCGCCCUUUGAUUACAACGGCUUCGUUGCGAACCUGAAUUUCAUAGAAAUCACGACCGAAACCCCAACGACGACAACAACGACUACGACCACGACGUCGACUACAGAAAGCAUCGGUAAAAGCCUGGACACGAUGAAGUCGAUCGGUUACAACGUCCGGUACAGCAACCGGGACCUCCACGACCAACGGAAGGACCAGGGUACCACGUCGAACAGCUGCGACCUAGAGGUCAGCGGCGAGGAGGUACGAACCGGUCACCACGACACCAGGGGGAAGCCCAAGUCCACGACGUGCCGGCUGGUGUUACGUGGACGUGCUUACGACACUGAGCACGUUUCGCUGGCCAGUUACAAUCUCAGCGCGCCGUCCUGCCAAUCCUCGAUCGAAAUAUACGACGGAGGAGUGCCCGGCACCGCGAGAUCUCUCGAGAGGAUCUGCAGUCCUGCGCAGAGGCUUCCACGGGAACUCAUGCAACAAGAUACGUACGUCGAGCCGAAAAGGUACUCGUCUAAUAGCAGAAAUAUGACGGUCGUGCUGAGACGAGCCUCGAAUAACCCCGCCGACGAGGAAUACAUGGACGUCUCUUAUUACUUCCACAACGAACGCGAGGGCGGCACUCAACAACCGGCCAGCGUGUGCAACGUCGAAUAUUACGGAUUGACGUCACGGACGAACGGUUCCGUAGUGCAUCCGGAGCCUCACCGGUUGUUCGCCAUGGACGGCCCAAUAAAAUGCAGGCAGCACUUCAUUCCGGCGCGUAAUCAGUCGGUCAUCAUCCGCGUGGAGAGCAGCUCGGAGCAGAACAACCCAUGCGAAACCAAGUGCGGGGACAGUGGAUGUCACUGUGUCAGCAGCGAGUCCCUGGAGAACAUGGACCACCUUCUGCUGGUCUCUGAAACCGGUCACAUCGUCACUUGCCUCUGCGGAAAUUAUCAGGACUGGCUACCCGUGGGCAUCCGUAGUUGGACACCGGUGUACAUCGAAUGGUCGAGAUUCUCGAAGGCAGGCCUCAAUUUCAGCGCGGCUUACGAGUUUAUCAACGACACUUACUGCGGCGAUUACACGACGACGGAGCCGGAAGGCGAGGUCAACAGCGGUGACCUGGCCUCCACCGGAUUAAAGCUCAAUCAGUAUUAUCAGCAGAGAUGCACGUGGAUCUUGCACUCCACGGCGGAUCGACAGCUCACUAUCGAAGUGAAUUCCACGCAGAGCCGUCCCUGCACCGCCUGGAAUCUGACGAUACACGAGUACAGCAAAAACGGCGACCCGGCCGGGCAGAGAUUGCGCACAUUCUGCUCGAGGGACACGCACAAAAAUUUCACCCUACCGUGGAAAACGAACACCGUGGUGGUUAGAUUGCAAGCUUUAGGAAGGACCGCACCGCAGUACACGAUGAAAUGGCGGAGUCAGACGGUGAUCGCGAAUACCCACAAAAGCGGGCCAUCGCCGGCGCCGAAUCACGUGCUCAGCUCCUCGACCGGAAGUGAUCCGCGUGGAACGCAAAUUCUAGUUCUCGCGACGUUGUUAAUCACUUACGCAGCCGGUUGUUGAGUGAACG